AUGGCAUCGACCUCGAUACACAGCGUCGGAGGAAGCAGUCGCAGCGACUCGUCUCCUCUGCCCGCCGCAACAUCUCAUCAGCUUUCGAAGAGCCAACAGUACGAAAAACUACUAGACGCAGAGGUCGGCACGAAAUCUUUCUCCCUCGGCCCUCCUGCAUCACAUCCAUCCUACCCAGCCAUAGCACCACUGUGCAAGCAAUACCCAACACAAGCAUCCGCUAUCUUCCAAACAUAUCUCGAUCUCAAAAAUGGUGCUGCGGCGUGGGAUUUUGUCGAACCUCUGGCGCUCUCGUCCCAGGAAGCAUCGACAAGUGGAAACGGAGGUGCGGAAGGGGUGGUCAAACAGGACCUGGUGGGAUUGAGUGAUGCCGAGGCGGAAGCGCUGGUGCAGGAAAAGCUAGCGGAGGUGCAAGGAGGUGUGUCGAAGCUAGGCUUGAUCAGCCGAAAGGGAGAAGAGGAGGAGGAAAAUCUCUUGAGGACAGGCUUGGCAGCAAUGAAAGGUCGUCGAAAGGAUGCGAAAGCAUAUGAGGUAGUCAUCCCUUUGACCAUCACUCAACACUUGCGCGCUGACCAACUAAAAGCAAUCUUUACCUUACUCGACAAGCAUGCAGAAGCUGUCGCGCCAACAGGCCAAGAAAUCGACACAUCACACGUCUUGCUUGCAAUCAUCGCUCCCGACUCAACAUUGGUAUACUAUUUGGUGUCCAAAGGGUUCGUAAAACCCAUCAACUAG